AUGCUGUUGACAAAGCAACUUAAAAUCAUCAAUCGAGUAUCGGCUCGUGCAUUUUCGGCAAAAGAAGUGCCACAAUUUACAAAAGAUCGAUAUCCAGUAAAACGUGGAAAUUAUAAUGCACUUAAUGAUCACGACAUUUCACAUUUUGAGUCUAUUUUGGAGAAACAUCGCGUUUUGACUGGAAGUGACACAGAUAUGUACAAUAUUGAUUGGAUUAAAAGUGUCCGAGGUGCUUCUAAUGUCGUUUUGAAACCAAAAACCACAGAAGAAGUCUCAGAAAUUGUGAAAUAUUGUCAUGCACAAAAACUAGCUGUUGUUCCACAAGGUGGAAAUACUGGCUUGGUUGGUGGAUCUGUGCCUGUUUUUGAUGAAGUUGUAAUUUCUAUGAGCCUUAUGAACAAAAUUGAACAUAUUGAUGAAUAUUCUGGGAUUGUCAGAUGUCAAUCAGGCGUUGUUUUAGAAAAACUCGAAUCGGCAGUCAAUGAGAAAGGAUUAAUUGUUCCAUUAGAUUUGGGUAGUAAAGGAACUUGUCAUAUUGGGGGAAAUGUAUCUACAAAUGCUGGAGGUUUAAGAUUGAUUCGGUAUGGAAAUCUUCAUGGAUCUGUUUUAGGUGUUGAGGCAGUUUUAGCAAACGGAAAAAUCCUCAACUUAAUGUCCAAUUUCAAGAAAGACAAUACAGGUUACCACUUAAAGCACUUAUUCAUUGGAUCUGAAGGUUCUUUAGGAAUUGUCACUAAACUUGCACUGCACUGCCCAACAGCACCCAAUGCUGUGAAUUUAGCUUUUGUUGGUCUUGAAAGCUUUCAACAAGUACUUAAUGCCUUUUUAUUAGCCAAAAAAGAACUUGGAGAAAUUCUAUCUUCAGUUGAAAUGAUUGAUGAACCUUCUUUAAUGGCAAGUACAACAAUGUGCAAUUUACAAUCUCCAAUCCAAAAGUACCCAUUUUACAUGAUUUUUGAGACAUCAGGAAGCAAUGACGAACAUGAUAAGGAAAAGCUUAACAACUUCCUUAAAAAUGCUAUGGAAAAAUCAAUCAUUGUUGACGGUGUUGCUACAAAUGAGCCUUCAAAAAUGCGCAAUAUUUGGGAAAGCAGAGAAAGAAUUGCUGAAAGCUUGUUAAAAAUGGGCUAUUGCUUUAAAUAUGACAUUUCUUUGCCUUUAUCCAAUUUUUACGAUAUUGUUGGUGCUGUUAGAGAAAGAGUAGGAAGUCAUGCAAAAUUGGUUUCUGGUUAUGGUCAUGUGGGUGACAGCAACAUGCACUUGAAUAUUGUUUGCGAGAAAUUCUCUCAAGAGAUUUACAAGCUUGUUGAGCCAUUCGUUUUUGAAUAUACUAGCAAGCUUAAAGGAAGUAUUUCUGCAGAGCACGGAAUCGGAUUUCAUAAACCAAAAUACUUACACUAUUCAAAGAGUCCAGAAGCCAUUGAAUUAAUGAAGCAAAUUAAGAAUCUAAUGGAUCCUGAAAAUAUCCUUAAUCCAUACAAAGUGUUACCUUUAUCAUAA